UGUAUCAUCAUAUUGAACCGGCACAAGGAGACACCAAACGGUGUUUCCCACUGGUCGAUCGCACUGUGCAUACAAGCCCGGAUUGAAGAAAUGGCCCGUACACUGUCAGCAACUCGCAUAUCUGUGCAGAUCAAAAGCUAUGGCUUCUACAAGGCAGCGUUUCAAGAACGCCUCUCCCAACUGCGGAGAAGCUGCCUGUUUAGUCCACCCUCCUCAUUGCUUGACUUGGUCGUCAUCAUCCCGAGGUUUUGCCAAAUCCUUUUGCCACCAACCCGCAAGUCGGCUCUAUUUUCAUUUGCCCUAUGCGUGCCUCUUUCCCUAGCAGAUUGUCGAUAGAAGAUUCGAUUCAAGAGCGUUCAAUCGUACGUCGGCGGGUCUUGCGGUUC